CCAGGCAAAGGCAAGUUGGUUGACUAACUAACUAAGCAGUAAAGGGCUCUCUUCCCUGCUUAUAUAUAAGUCCGCCAUCGCUCCUUUAGCUAAUGUAGUAAAGCAAGUCCUUCUCAGACUCUCAAUUCCAUUUCUUUUUCCAAUUCUUCUUCCCAAAAGUUCCCUCUCAUAAGAAAAAAGUUCCUUUUCUUGGUACCACCAUGUAUAACUUCAAGCAUUCAAACAUUCAAUCACCAAUUCAGCUCAGCCAAUCCUGCAAACCCAAGAAAGCCAUCAAACUUUUGCUCUCAUUCUCUCUGUUCUCUAUCAUAUUGUCCUGCUCUUCAUUAUUACUACCUUUCAUCCUUCAUUCUUAUGCAUUUUCCAUGCAGUUUUUUAGGUACAGCUUAAAUAAGAACUACAUGUUCCUAGUCUGCAAUGGACUACUUGUAUUCAUAGUCAAGAGCUCUGGUCUGAUUGGGAAUUCUUCACCAGGCUCUACUUUUAACAAUGAUACACAUGCUAUGAAGAUUGGUAAGAAUAUUCACCAAACGGAGCUUAAGUUGGAGCAGACAAAAGCUUCAACACCAUGUUCAGAGAAAGAGGUUGUAACACCAUGUUCAGGGAAAGAGGUUGUAAUGGAAGUUGAAGAAGAAGAAGGAAGAUCAGAAACCAGGCAAGUGGUCGUAGUUAAAGGAGAAGAAGAGCUUUCCAUUAAUCAAGAUGAAGGAGAAAAUGGAUUGAUCAAUACCGCAGAUGAUCGAAACGAAGAAAGGAUCGAAUCGCUGACUACAGAGGAGUUAAACAAGAAAUGUGAAGAUUUUAUAAGAAGAAUGAAAGAAGGAAUCAAAUUUGAAGCUCAACAGCUUGUCAUGGUUUAAGUGUCAGUAAAACACUAGAUUAUUAGGCUAAUAUGUCACUAAGAGUCUCCAACUAAUCUUGGUUUCUUUCCCUUCCUUUUCUUUUUUUCCUGAGGUGGGUUAGCGGCAGAGUGCCUCUUUGAUGUUGCUUUUUUCUUUUUUCUUUUUUUAAACCUUUUUUUUUUUUUCUCCUGAAAUUUGUGUAGAAUAUUUACUGUUUUAGGAGUUUCUUAGUUAUGUUCAUCAAUGUUCCAACUCAUGUAGAAUAUUUACUGUUUUAGGAGUUUCUUAGUUAUGUUCAUCAAUGUUCCAACUCAUGUUACAGUUGGAAGUUUUAGUUGCAAUAAUUUCUAUCCAUAAUGCAAUUCGAAUGAAAAUUUUGAUUA